CGCAAGCACCGCGCGGCGGGUGGGUGUCUGGUGCGUGGCGGCCGCCUGGCGUGAUCCCGUUUUUGUUACGCGCGGGUGUCGGGUGGGCCCGUCCCGCCGGGGGCAGCGGCUUCUUUCCGCCCUGUGCGCCUCCGCAGAGGGAUUUCUCCGCGUCCCUUGUCCGCUGGGCGGGGGCGCGUCCCCCGGGGCUCGCUCCCCUUCCCUCCCCGCUCCCGGCCGGGGGUUCGCGGCGCUUCCCUCUGGAUGCGUCCCCGCAGCCUCGGGCGGGAGGCGGCCAGAGGGAAGCGCUGCCUCCGAGGAUUUACCGCCGUCUGGGACUCGAGCCCGCAACACCUCCUCCCCCUUCCCCACGGGGGUACCCGGCGCCCCGUCUCCGCUGCCGCUCGGGGCCGUCACCAUGGACGAGAAGUACCUGCCCGAGCUGAUGGCGGAGAAGGACUCGCUGGACCCGUCCUUCACCCACGCCCUGCGGCUGGUCAACCAAGAAAUUGAGAAAUUCCAAAAAGGGGAAGGAAAGGAAGAAGAAAAGUAUAUCGAUGUAGUCAUCAAUAAAAACAUGAAGUUGGGACAAAAAGUUUUGAUUCCAGUGAAGCAAUUCCCCAAGUUCAACUUUGUGGGAAAACUUUUGGGUCCCCGUGGCAAUUCUCUAAAGCGUUUACAGGAAGAAACACUGACAAAAAUGUCUAUUUUGGGAAAAGGUUCUAUGAGGGACAAGACCAAGGAGGAAGAGCUGAGAAAAAGUGGAGAGGCAAAGUACUUCCACCUAAACGAUGACCUGCAUGUUUUAAUUGAAGUAUUUGCUCCACCAGCUGAAGCCUAUGCCAGAAUGGGACAUGCGUUGGAAGAGAUCAAGAAGUUUCUCAUCCCUGACUACAACGAUGAAAUCAGACAGGCACAGCUUCAGGAAUUAACAUAUUUAAAUGGCGGCUCAGAAAAUGCAGAAGUUCCAGUAGUUCGUGGAAAACCAUCUAUUCGAGCAAGAGGAGUCCCAGUUCCUGCUUUGACCAGCAGGCUGUGUCUGGGAACUUCACUGCUCACCCCUGCCCCCACCACAAUGAAGUCAAAUAAGCAGCUGGUACCCUGUCCUGAGGAGGCAUUCUACAGAUUAGCCAAAACCAAGGGCCGUGGAGGGGUCCCCCCACCUGCAGCAGGAGUCCCCAGAGGGGCACCAGCACCCCGAGGAGUCCCUCCCAGUCGAGGACCAGUCAGUCGGAGCCGUGGACUCCUGGCGCCCAGAGCAAGAGGAGUUCCGCCACCCGCGGGCUACCGGCCCCUUCCACCACCUCCGGCGCAGGAGACGUACGGUGAAUAUGAGUAUGAUGAUGGUUAUGGAACUGCUUAUGAUGAGCAAAGCUACGAUUCCUAUGAUAACAGCUAUAGCACUCAAGCACAAAGUGGAGCAGAUUACUAUGAUUAUGGCCACGGACUGAGUGAAGAGACAUAUGACUCUUAUGGGCAAGAAGAAUGGACCAACUCAAGACACAAGGCACCUUCUGCAAGGACAACGAAAGGAGUCUACAGAGACCAGCCAUAUGCCCGAUACUGAUUGUACUGUCUGAUGUUGUGAAAUAUCCAAUCUCCACCAGUCCUGUAUACUGUUCAAAGAAACCCACCUCCUUGGACAGCCGAGAGAACAAAAACCUUAAUCUUCUGAUGCUUUGGAAUUUCUGCCAUGUUAAUUACGGACUGCUUAGAGCAUUGUACUUACCCGUGUGCCUCGCCAGCAACGAGACAGGCUGCGGAGUAUGAAAACCCUCUUCUGUAGUUCUUGUAUUAAAGCCUUAAAGUGUAUAUUAUACACUUUUUAAAAUGUAUAUUUAAACUCUUAAUUGUUUAGUGAUGCAAGUGUUUUUAUUUGGAGCUCAAUAAAGAAUUUUCAUGUAAGUUCCUGUUACAAAGCAAUAAUGCAGCCUCAUGGUCAUUUAGUGAUUCUUUUUAGCCUUAUGCAGCAAGUGUAAGAGAGAGUGUGUAAAGUGUCAUGACUAGAGUUUAAAUGCUUUGGAAAUAGUUUGUCUAAUGUACGAGCAACAUGGAUAAGUUAAAAUGAAGGCUGGGUGGUUUUUGCUGAAGCUUUUCUUAAUAGCUAAUUAUAAACAGGUCUUCUCUAAACAAGGCUCUUGGGUAGAAAUAAUACUCCAACAUCCAUUUCCUUCAGAAACUUGUAUACCAUGGAAGUGUUUUAAUCCCUGUCAAUUAUACUAUGCUGCUUAUUCUCUUUCACUUGGUGUUUCAUGCAUAGAACCGUUUUCUCUAAUACGCAGUCACAGGUUUUCUAGUAGUAGUCUUGGGUGAGGCUUUUACACCUCGAUAAACCUUGUAUCUAACAGUCAAGUUUUCUUAGUGCUUUCUCUGUUUUAUAUUAAUUGUGAUUGUGAUAAUUUGUAACAGAAAUAAAAUUCUGAUAAUUUAA